CUCACUUCUCUCUCGUUCUCUCUCUCUUUCCUGUCCUCUUCCGCUCUCCUCUCCAUCUGGUGGUCCCUCAGGCAGGCUGUAAGCGAGGAUGGCUGAGCUGGAGGGCUUCGAGUUCGGCAAGUCAGACUUUGUGCUCCUGGAUGAAGUGACCAUGGAGCAGUUCCUGGAGAACCUGAAGCUGAGGUUUGAGAAAGGCCGGAUCUACACGUUUAUUGGCGAAGUGGUGGUGUCAGUGAACCCCUACAGACAGAUGGAUGUCUAUGGUAAAGAUGCGAUCGACGCGUACAGAGGGAGAGAGCUGUACGAAAACCCCCCCCACCUCUACGCCGUGGCCGACGCAGCUUACAAGGCCAUGAAGAGACGAGCAAAAGACACCUGCAUCGUCAUAUCAGGUGAGAGCGGAGCAGGAAAGACAGAAGCCAGUAAAUACAUCAUGCAGUACAUCGCCGCUAUCACUAACCCCAGCCAGAGAGCAGAGGUCGAGAGUGUAAAGAAUGUGCUCCUGAAAUCCAACUGUGUGCUGGAGGCCUUUGGGAAUGCCAAGACAAACCGCAACGACAACUCCAGCCGCUUUGGGAAGUACAUGGAUAUUAACUUUAAUUUCAAUGGUGACCCAACUGGAGGACACAUUAACAACUACCUGCUGGAGAAGUCUCGAGUCGUCCAGCAGCAGGAGGGAGAGAGGAACUUUCACUCUUUCUAUCAGUUGUUGCGCGGAGGAUCUGAUGAGCUGCUGAAGUCUCUGCACCUGAGCAAAGAUCCCACAGACUACACCUACACCAGCCCGGGAGCCUCCGUCUCUACUUCGUCCUCUGAUGACCGUUCCUGUCACCGAGCGGUCAUGGGAGCGCUGAAGGUCAUUGGUUUCAGUGAGGAGGAGGUCAGCUCCGUCUAUAAAAUCCUCAGCACCAUCCUGCACCUGGGGAACCUGCACUUUGAGACUGAUGGAGAGUCUGUCCAGGUGGUGGGAGGAGACUCAGUGCGGCACAUCUCUGAGCUGACCGAUACUGAACCAGAAAGUGUUAAUAAGGCGCUGCUUUACCGCACUGUGGCCACUGGGGGCGGAGAGGUCAUCGAGAAAGGUCACAGCGAGCAGGAGGCCAGCUAUGGACGAGAUGCUUUCGCCAAGGCUCUGUAUGAGCGACUGUUUGCAUGGAUAGUUGGGCGAAUCAACAGUGUGAUAGAGGUGAAGAACUACAAUCCGGCACUGCAUGGUAAAAACACGGUCAUAGGAGUGCUGGACAUUUACGGCUUUGAGAUAUUUGACAAUAACAGUUUUGAGCAGUUCUGCAUUAACUACUGCAAUGAGAAGCUUCAGCAGCUCUUCAUUGAGCUCAUCCUGAGACAAGAGCAGGAGGAGUAUCACAGAGAGGGCAUCACCUGGCAACAUAUUGACUACUUCAAUAACCAGAUCAUCGUGGAUCUGGUGGAACAGCCCCAUAAGGGCAUCAUCUCCAUCCUGGAUGAGGCGUGUCUGACGGCAGGAAAAGUUACAGACACCGUUUGCUUGGACAGCAUGAACCACAAACUCGGACAGCAUCCUCACUAUACGUCCCGCAAGCUGAAUCCAACUGACAAGAGCAUGGAGUUCCACCGGCACUUCCGCAUCCGACACUACGCUGGUGACGUCACGUAUUCAGUGGAAGGCUUUCUUGACAAGAACAAGGACCCGCUUUUCCAGGAUUUCAAACGGCUGAUGUAUAACAGUUCAGAUCCGGUGCUGAAGGAAAUGUGGCCUGAUGGUCAGCUGAGCAUCACGGAGGUGACCAAGCGACCGCUGACCGCUGCUACACUCUUCAAGAACUCCAUCAUUGCCCUCGUGGACAAACUCGCCUGCAAGGAGCCAUACUAUGUGCGGUGUAUAAAGCCCAACGAGGUGAAGUCCCCCAUGCUGUUUGAUGACGCACGCUGUAGACACCAGGUGGCGUAUCUGGGCCUGCUGGAGAACGUCCGGGUGCGCAGAGCUGGCUUUGCCUACAGACAGCCCUACGAACGCUUCCUGCAGAGGUACAAGAUGACGUGUGAGUACACCUGGCCCAAUCACCUGAUGAGCAGUGAUCGAGAGGCCGUGGAGGCUAUCGUUGUCCAGCACGGCUUUGAGGGGGACGUAGCGUACGGACACACGAAGCUGUUUGUGCGGACGCCUCGCUCGCUGUUCACUCUGGAGCAGGAGAGAGCUGCACUCAUCCCCAUCCUCGUCCUCUUCCUGCAGAAGGUGUGGCGUGGUGCUUUGGCACGGAUGCGGUGCAGACAGAUGCGGGCGAUUUACAAGGUCAUGGGCUGCUACAAGCGCUAUAAAGUGAAAGCUCAUUUCUGGGAGGUGGAGAGACGCUUCGCUAGCGUGAGGAACAUGACCGACUAUGGGAAAAGCGUCGAGUGGCCGACUCCUCCUGCUGCUCUGAUGCAGUUCCACAAAAUCACACAGCACCUCCACCGCAGGUGGAGGGCGAGGCAGAUCGUUAAGAACAUUCCUCCCUCAGACAUGGCAGAGGUCAGAGCGAAGGUUGCGGCUCUGGGAGCUCUGAGCGGAGAGAGACUGGACUGGGGCUUUAACCGGGCCUGGGAGAGAGACUACCUGGCCAAUGCCAGAGACUGUCCUUUAACCAGCUCCAACUUUGUGCGAAUCACCAAAGAGCUGAAGAACAAAGACCAGUACAGCCAGGUCCUCUUCUCUGGAUUCGUUAGAAUGCUGAACUGGUUCAAUAACACAAAGGACAGAGCUCUGCUCAUCACAGACAAACACAUCUACAGACUAGAGCCGAAGAAACACUUCAAGGUGCAGAAGCGGAUACCUAUAGAAACUGUAACCAGUUUGAGCGUAUCAAGCGGGACGGAUCAGAUGGUGGUGCUACACACUGUGUCUCAGGAAGACGUACUAGUGUACCUACAGAGUGGUCAGCUGGGGCCAAAGCAGGACCGUGUGGGGGAGCUGGUGGGGACGCUGUGUGACCACUUCACACGGGUGAGGAAAGUCCACCUGCCGGUCCGAGUUUGCUCCACAGGCCUGCAGGUGCACAUGAGCGGCAAACCAAAAAGCAUCACCAUGGAGACGAGGCCUGGCCAAAAUACCGCUGACUUCAAGAAGAGUCGCGGAGGAUUCACUUUACUGCUCGCUCAAUAAUCGAUCCCACGUGAUUGACCUAUUGCUCCGCCCACAAAUGCGCUGUUUCAUGGCUGCUGUUGUGACGUUUAAGCUUUAUUGUGGAGCUACAGCACUGAACUCACUCCCAGUCACAGACAGUGGCUUCAGUUGUUUUAGCAUUGCUAGCUGGCUAAGUCAAAGCUGCACUAUGUAAGAUUUUUUCUGUUAAAACUGAAGGAAGUGUUACUACCGAGUCAGGAUAAUGAAAACAGGCUAAGAUAUAUUGUAGCCUGUUCUGCGUCGCCCUGUAAAGCCUGAAAUUAUCAUCUAAAGUCAGAGUUUGGCAGUUUUAUUUGAUAUUUGAUGAUUCUGUGGUGUUCAGGCCUGUGGGAUCCGUUUUUAAUGUUUACCAAAAGAAAACAUUAUGCAAAUUAUUAAUAUUUCAACCUCCGCGGGGAGUGAAAGUGUGGAGGUGCUGUGUCCUUCACUGUGUUCUCCUCCUACAUGGCCUGCUGAUUGUGUGUGUGUGUGUGAGGGUGGACAACACGGACAGGCUGCUGACUGGCUACAGCUGCUAAAGGAAAACCCUACGCUGGACACUUAAAAAAUCUUUUACCUCUGGUAUUUUUUACAUAAAUUGUUACGGCUGCAUUGAUUUAAAAACAUUAAUGCGGUGAGUCCACCAGACCACUGAGUAACAAGCACAUCAACACCACACAGUGGUGCACGUCAAUAUUAGCAUAACAAAAUGCGGAAUCCUAGCUACAGCAAUAUAUAUAUAUAUAUAUAUAUGUGGAAUCGCUGCUCCUCAUUUUUAGGAAUUUGGGAUGUAAAUGGGAUUUUUGUUCGUGUUCUAUAAAGCUUGUCUGUCACACCAGUGGCUGUGAAAGGAUGCAUUUGUGGGCUGGAUCAGUUAUCUUUGCGUAUCAUAACAAGUCGUCGUCUGAGUGAACUAAAGUACCUUAAAAUACAUUGUAUGUCCAUAAGUCUGAAAUGAAGGGUGAAGUAGGGAGUUUGCCCCCCUUUGCUGCAGUAACAGCCUCUGAUGUUCUGGAUCACUCCAGUUCAUUCCAAGGUACUGGAUGGAGCUAUAUCACUCCAGAGAACACAGUUCCACUGCUGCACAGCCCAGUGCUGGGGGGCUUUAUACACCUUUAGCCCACUUGGAUUGAGCAUGGCUGAUGUACAGCUGCUCCAGAGUGUCCCAUUCUAUUGGUCAGUACUUUUCUAUGGAGAUUAUAUCAGUACAAUUGGCUGUGUCACCUUAAAGUAGCAGAAUAAGAAAGCUGUCUGGAUGCUUUUGGACAUGUACACUGUUACAUUUUCAUCAAGGUACAAACUGUAAAUGUUACAGCCGUGGCUUUCAGGUCCAGUAGUGUAACCCAAUGACCAUUCCAUAUAUGUACAUGCUAACAUUAUAUAUAUAUAUAUAUAUAUUUGAAGAAUCGCUUGUUUUGUAAUUCCACCCUGUUGCACUUUUUAAAUGAGGCAUCAUCAAGGACAUAUGCUAAAGUUUUCCAUGCUUGAUUUAUUUUUAUUUUUGCCUUUUAUGCACAUUUUGCCUGUGCAGAUGUAACCAAUGGUGUUUUCUGAUGGCCACCUCCAUCUUCUUCCCCAAACUUAUUUUGCACUGUCCUCGUACUUCCUCUUUGGCCUGUAUUGGGUCUAUGAAGCAGCCUUUGCUGCAGUCUUUGCGUACUGUUUUUAUGAAUGAUUGUAUAUACAGAAAUACUUCAGUGUACUGUUAUUUAUAUAUGGGUCUCAAUGAUGAGCUGUGUUCAUUUAAAACAUCAUUGCUUUGGAACCUCUUUAUAGUUUUUCCUGCAGAUGUUAUUAAAUAAUGAAUGGGAUUUUUAUCAAAUAUUAAAAGCUUAAUGAAGUGA